AUGCCCUCCUUCGGCACCUCGACCUUGGGACGCUUGACGGGCAAGAGGCACAACCACCAGCACCACCACCCGCACAACAUCCCGCACAAUGCCAGUACGACCGACCUGACUCUGAAUCGCGGCCUGACCAGCGCCCACGCUGCUGGUGCUGGUGCUGGUGCCGGAGCUGGAGCUGGACCAGGCAUCGCUACUCCCACCACCACCACCACCACGACCACCCCCCUCAACGCUGCGGGCGACAUCCACGACAGGGGCCGCUGGAAUCCCCAUCGCCGUGACAGCAGCAUCCUCUCCCUCACCACCUCCAACCUCACCGAACUCGGCGGCAGCGUCAAGAGAAGCAUCAGCCUACGGAGCCAUCGCACCAACCUCAGCAGCGGCAGCAGCUUCGGACACAAGACGCGCAGUCCGUCGGGCGGCGGUAACAACGCCUUCACUCCGCUGAGCAGCACAUCUCCCGUCGAGAGCCCCGGGGGAAUCGCAGCGUUCAGCCCAUCCAAGGGCAAAGAGAAACAGCGGGAAGCGGCAGCUUCCCCCACCCGCACCAUCUCGGGUGCGCAGCAACCACAGCAAGCGAAAGAGCAGCCGCAGUCGCAGGCGCCAUUGCUCAAGCGCAAGAUCUCCCUGACCGCCAAGGGCUUCAGCCAGAGAUUCAAGUCGACAGAGGCCCUCCCACUCCUGAACAACCCCGCAUACCUCGAGAGCCUCAACAGCGCCCGCACACCUCCCGCGACCAGCCAUCCGAACGACGCUUCGAAUCCGAACGACUCUCCGCAUAUGCUCGUCAGCUCUACGCCCAAUGUCCCGGCCGGCAAGAAAGCGUCUGCUGCGCCCUCGGACGGCAGCACGGGCGGCGGCAGAACUACACUAGGCGUCAAUGCGCAGACCGCAUUCCAGCGCGAUAUCUCUUCUUCACACGGAGCCCCCAAUGGCGCAACAUUGGCGCAUGCCCCCACUACGAGUUCGAUUGCCGGCAGCGGGACCCUGAACGCGAAUACGAUAUACAGUUCGAUUCAUGAAACCUCGUCGAAGCGAAUGGCGACGAUUGACUACUUGCGGAAGCUGCAUGAGGGCGACAUCUUCUACUUUAGCACAUUACACUACUCGCCGACCUCGUUGUCCGCAAUGCCUUCACUGCAAGCACACAAGCUUGGCAGGAGAGCGACGAAUUACUUCAUCCUUGGACUCAGCUUGCCCGCACUGCUGGACAUGAACUCCGGCAACGCACUCGAAUACCUCAAAGCGCUCUCUUCGCUCCUGCAAGAGUUCGAGACAUACCAGAACCUCUCUGGCUACGACAGCAGCGGCAAUAGCUUUAGCCGCGGGCGCGUCGGACAAAUGUUCAAGAGCGGAAUCGGGCUCGGCAGUCGCGGUAGCAAAGGUCGUCGCUCCAGCACCAGCGUCGACACCAUGGCCGGAGCCCUCGAUCCACGCCAAGCCGAUCUCCUUGGCAUGCCCGUCGCAGGGCGCAGUCCCUCGGAUUCCACCUCACCGCACGACGCGUCCCCCAUCAACCCCACCGGCCACGAGUUCGCAUAUCUCCUCACCCCGCACCUACCCUUCGAACCCGAUUUCGGCACCACGCUUGCCACCCUCUGCGAUACGCUCAUCGAUGUGUACGCGAAACUGAUGGAUCUGGUGAGCGGGCCCGAGUCCUGCUCGGGCAGUGUCGGGACGGAGUUCGCCAAGGCAGACAAAGCGAUACGCAAGAUCUUGGUAGCGAAUGUGGUGAGGGAGUUUGAGGAUACGACUCGGAGCGGAGUGAAGAGUGAGAUGGCGGGGUUGGGGAAGUUGACGCUGGGGGGACUCAUGUAG